AUGCAGCAUACAUCGGGCGGUCGGGAGAUUAUUCAUGUCGUGACAAUGGUGGUUACCGUGGAGAAUGGUAAAUGUAAUUUCUUGUACAAGCUUACUGAUGGUUACAUCGACUGUGGAUUAGCAACAGAUGUUGCAUCCAAAAUGGGCGUAAGUGACGAAAUUGUGGGACGCGCAAAUGAAAUUUGUGAUUGUUUGAAACGCGGUGUGCCGAUUGAUCCGGCCGCGGAUGAUGAGGAUUUAAAAAUAUUCUGUACAUUUGCGCCGAAUUUUCAGUGGCUUGUGAAUGUCGACUUUGAUGCUGAACUUGAUUGUUCUUUAUUUCUGCUUUUGUUUUUUUUUUGA